GCGUGUCAGGGGCGGUGCUUGCCCUCCCCUGCCCGUCGGCGGGAGGGAGCGGCUGCGGCGGGCGCGGGGCCGCCAUGAGGUAGGCAGGAGCCCCCUUGGCCGAGUGAGGCAGCAUGGCAAUGUUCUUGGGGGCCAGGAAUGCCCACUCGCUGCUGAAACGCUUUCCCAGGGCCAAUGGCUUCCUGGAGGAGAUCCGGCAGGGCACCAUCGAGCGGGAGUGCAUCGAGGAGGUCUGCAGCUAUGAGGAGGUCAAGGAGGUGUUUGAGAACAAGGAGAAGACGAUGGAGUUCUGGAAAGGCUACACCAGCUCUGUGUACUCUGUCAAGGACCCCGGGCACAGCACGGAGCGCUCUGACGCUAUGUACGUGGUGGUGCCCCUCUUGGGAGUGGCUCUCCUCAUAGUCAUCGCCCUGUUCAUCAUCUGGAGGUGCCAGCUGCAGAAGGCCACCCGCCACCGCCCCUCCUACGCCCAGAACCGGUACCUGGCCAGCCGGACGGGCCGCAGCCUGCCCAGGGUCAUGGUGUACCGGGAGCGCUCGCAGAGCCAGGGGGAGACCCAGUACCAGCGGGAAGCCAGCGGCCGCGGGGCUGGGGAUGCCCGGGCCGGGGGCACCCCGCAGGCAGACAGCACCCUGUGCCCGCCCGAGCAUUCCGUGUCCGUCCUCUCCAGACUGUCCAGCGCCACUCCCCCGCCCUCCUACGAGGAGGUGACGGGCCAGCCGGAGAGCAGCAGCAGCGGCGAGGAGACCAGCGUCUCCUACAACGAGCCUCCGCCCAAGUACGAGGAGAUCGUGGCCACGGCCCCCGCCGCGGGCAAAUAGCGGGUGUGCCUCCCUGCUGCCUCUUCACACUGUCACACUCACCCAGCCACCCUCCCUUCGCCGUGCCUGGCACCCCCUUCAGGUGUUCGUCAGGCCCCCAUCUCACCUGUACAAUCUGGUGCCAUCACACAAUAGCCUUACCCUCCUAACCAAAAAUGGCUGUCCCCAGGUGGGGUGAGGCAGGGCUGGCUGUGGGAUGGCUCUGGAGCCAUCUCCUGCCCCUCACUCCCCACUCACGUAAGUGCUGUAGCAGCCAGAGCAGAGCAGCAGCUUGUUCCUGGCUCAAUGUGGGGGUCUCCCCAUGGUGCAUUUGAUUUCCUCACUUCCCCCUCCAACAGACAUAACAUUUCCCAUUAUUAGAGCAGCCUUGCUGCCUCCCUGGGCUGCUGCUCAGCCUCACCCCAUGUUCUGGGCCCUGUUCUACUGCUCAGGACUCUGAUUAGGUGAUGGAGAUGCAGGAUUGGUGUGGCAAAUUUUUGUCCAUCCCUGCAGUUGGUGGGGCCAGCUCUGUGGGGAGAUGGUGAUUUCCCCAUGUGGAUUUGUUGCCGAGUGGGAGUGGGGAGCCCGGGCCACACUGUGGUACCUGUAGGGAUAUUUGCUGUGUGGAGAUCAGGGAGGAGCAGCUAGAAGGUGCUCUCUGAUCUCCUGGAUCUCUUUGGAAAGGGAGAAAGGGCUCGUGGUGGUCUUGUACUUGAGGUAAGUGACUUAGGAGUAGCAGGGCCUUUUCCUGAUGCUCUCUGCUCUCCCCCUGUGGGUGCUGAGCAGCUGGAGGUGUGGCUGCUGCGGAGCUGGCCAAGGGGGUCCUCUGACCCCGAGCCAACUGUGGUCUCAUGGCUUUAAGUGAUGGGGAUUCAGCUCUCUCCUGGAAUGUGGCCUAUCUGGUGUCUGCCCCAGAGGUGAGAGCCUGCAGACAGGCCAAACCUCCCCUCUCCCUACCCCAAACUUCUCUGCCCUGCCUGGCUCCUCUCUUUGGGGCUCUUUGUCCUCCAGAGCAGGUACAAUGGGAUGUUGCAUCCCACUCUCCUCCUGACCUCUCGGGUGGGCAGAGUGUCCAAGGCUGUGGCCUGGAAGUCCUGCUGACAGGGGCAGGAGCCACAGGACCAUGCCUUGACAGUCAGGAGCAGGGCCAAGCCCUGCUUGGGUGGUUGUGUAGCCAGGGCAGGGCAGAGCAGGGAGCUUUGCUGUGGGAUCAGUCUCCCCUUUCCCUGGGCAGCUGCCUGUAGGGUCCAGGCAACGGGGCUGUCCUUCCCCAGUCACGUCUGAUGGAUUAAUCCAAGGGUUGUGCUCCAAGCCCCCAGAAGCAGCCCAGAAGCUCCCAGCACUGCACCACCCGCUGUUCACCCAGCAGCAGCCUCUCCACCAGCACCAAAAGGCUAUUGUCCAUCCAUCAGUGGCCUGCAUCCCGCCCGGCCCCGGCGAUGCCCUCCAGCUGGUGCCCUCAGCCCAGAGCUGGGGCUUGCCAGCCUGGCUGCUCCUGGGGCAGGACAUGCUGGCACCUCGUCUGUCCCCUCCCCAGCCUUAGCAGGGUAGGGUUAUGGGGAGAGCUGGCAGCUCAGGGCCAGAGCUAGAGAACAGCAGAGGGAGACACAAGGGUGCUCUGCAUCCUCUGUCUUUGAUGCUCGGUCAUUAUCCCUGCAGUUUGUAUUCUGUAAAACUUGGUAUAUUUCUGUGCAAAAAAAAAAAAAAAAGGUAUUUAUUAAAAAACCCUCACUGUC